AUGGAAGAAAAAAAUCAAAACAGGACAUCGUUGGUUUCCAGGCUACCGAAAUAUGGAACGAAAACUUUAGGGAGUGUUUUGCACCCCAUGCCAAAUGGGACGGCUGUGAGCUUAGCAGGGAGUAAUGGUGGCAAAAAUUUCAGCAAGCAUAAUGGCACUGUUGGAAUGUCUUCCUUUGCUUUCAGCUGGAAAAAAUCAAAUAAACAUCAGCUUAAUGAUCAGAAUGGGAGAGAGACCAACACCAAAUGCAACGCUAAUGAAAAAUUAAUCGAUUCUGAGAAGUAUCCUCAAUAUCAAGGAGCAUUGGGCAAUGAUGAGCUCAGGGUGGCUUUGAACAGUACAACUUCUGUUGUGUCAAAAGCAGCAAAGCAAACCAAUAUGUUUGUAUCUCCUACUGAGGAAUUAAACCCAAAGUCUAUACCUGGACUCUCUAGUUCAGCUAAAUUCACCAAAGGUACCUUGUCAGGAAGGACAUACUCUGGACUCAAUGCUCCAAGAUCAAAUUUAAAUGGAUUUUGUGGAAAUCGGUCGGUGGUAGGUUUGCAGAGACCUAGAGCUAAUUCUGGUGCCACAAGGACAAGUUCAGGAGAAAGCCUGGCACAAUCUACAGACAAUAGCAAGGCUUUUUCCUGUGACAAAAUGGUAAGAUCACAAAGUUUUUCACAUUCCAUUCAGAAUUCUUUCCUUCCCACUGCAUCUCUAACCAGGUCACAUUCCUUUAAUAAAGCUGUGGAUCUUACAAGGCCUUAUCAUAGUCAAAAUCUAGCUGCCAGGACGUCUCAGAGGUCUACUCUGCUGUCAAGAGCUGCGUGUCAGUUGGAUGUACCCAAUGGAAACGAACCGACGAAGUAUGGAUUUACCAGACCGUACUCGGCUGUGUCAGCUCCUUGUUCCAAGAAACCCCCGCUGUCAAAUGGAUCUGGGUCAGCACCUUCCUAUGGAUACAGAUUAAGUCGGCCUCUUCUGCUGAAGCCGACCAGGCAGAGGUUUGCCGGGAAUACCGAUGUGGAUGGCGGCAAAUGCGCGGCUGCGGACGCGCGCAGCGUGGAGAACGCGGACGUUUCAGCAAAUAUCAAUAGAGCCCUCGAGAAAAACAGUGUUCUAGAGAGCAGGGCUCAAAGAACACGGCCUGCUGAGGGCCUGCAUGAAAGUCUGGGAAAACAUGGGUCAAAAGUGAUGUGUAUGAGCGAUGAUGGAGAUGAAAUAUCUAUAUCUUCUUUGUCAUCUUCUGAGAAAAAUGAUUUGAGUGAAGACUUCAGUGAUGAUUUCAUAGAUAUAGAAGAGGCAAACAGACCUGUACAAGUCCAGCAGGAGAGCUGCCUUCAGGAAUUAGAGCGUGGGAGCAGAACGUCCAUUGAGCCAUUCACAUCUCUCAAGGAAGGUGGAGGAUCUUGCUGUAAUGCUGAUGACUGGCUUGAUAUAAAUGUGUCUGCAGUGGAUGACAACAGUGAAAGCACAAAACACACCACUGAGAAUGUCAUCUCUUCAGAGAUGAACUACAGAGCUGGCUCCUCCUUUGAGCUUUCUCCAUCUGACAGCUCUGAUGGCACAUAUAUGUGGGAUGAAGAAGGGCUGGAACCUAUAGGAAGUGUCCAUCCAUGUGGAAGUUACGACUCUUCAGAAAUGAACAGCAUAGAUAUCUUGAAUAAUCUUGAUUCAUGUGAUCUUGAAGAUGAUGAUCUCAUGCUUGAUGUGGACCUGCCUGAGGACCCACCUCGUGACAAAGAGGAAUGUGAAAAUAUGAGCCGCUUUGACAGACAAGACAGAAAUGUGAGACAACAUCAAGAGGGAUUCUGGAAAAGAGCACCACAACAGCGAUGGAAUACACAGGAGCACUAUCAUCUUGGCCAUGCUGACCAUUAUAUCCAUGGUAAAAAUGAUUUGAACAGGGGUUCAAGCUACCCGGAGGCUGCCGCGGGUCCCCUGCAGAGCCGCGGGGCAGGCAGCAGCGCGCGGGCGCCGGCGGAGAACGCGGUGCUGCUGGACGAGGUGACCCUGCGGCACAUGGUGCAGGACUGCACCGCCGUCAAAACCCAGCUCCUCAGGCUCAAGAGGCUGCUGCACCAGAAUGAUGAAAAUGUGUCACUCCAGGACAUCACAUUCUCAGUUCCAUCGAGUCCAGAACCACAAGAAACUGAGUCAACUUUUAAGAUGGAUGAUCUGCUGAACGAGAUCAGGCAGCUUAAAGAUGAACUGAGGAAAAAGGAUGAAACAAUCAACCAAUUAGAGCAGCAGCUUGCUACCAGAUGUAACUGCCAGACCAACAGUCAAAAACCUCCAGGGGCCGUGCGCGCGUGUGCCGAUAAAUUCACACAAACCUCCUGGAGGAGGAGUUCUCCUCAAGUACUACAGCCUUCCAGCAGCCUUCCCAAUUCCACAGACCUCGCCCAGGGAAAACUAGUAAAAACUCCACAUAUCGAGGCCCACAGUGAACGUCCUAAACCAGAUCUGCAUGACACUAGAAAUCAUCAGAAUCCAAAUGCUGCAAAUGUCUCUCUCCCAAAUAGCCCGAAUGACGUAAACUCUUCAAUGAGCGUACAGAUAAACACAAAAGAUGAAAAUGCAUCAUAUUUGGACAAUUUGAAAAGCAAAAACACUGAAGAGCCUGGAGAGGUGGCUAGUAAUAAGGAAGGUACAUUACCACCUCGUUCCCACUUUCAGACCUCUACACGAGCUGAUGCUCCAGAGGUGCAGACUGGAUUACCUGUGAAAGGUCAACCCUCAUUCACAAACCAGGCUUCUCAGCCAAAGACUUUGAGAAUCGUGAAACCCCCAACUGCUUUAGUGCCUCCUACCAUGGCCGUUCCUGUACGAUCUGCAGGUCAUUCUGCUGCUUCCAAGGAAUGUGAGCUUCUACCACUGAGUAGUUCUACUCAGCCACAGCCAACAUCUGGGCAGGAUAACCUAAAGGGUAAACAGAGUCAGAAGGUGUCAAAACUUCGCCCACCAACUGCGUCCUUCGUUAAAUCCAAGCAAGUGAGCAGUCAGAAAUCCACACCAGUACCUCCAGAGCCUCAGAACACCUCCCUAAAGUCUAACAUCCCAAGGCCACCAGUCCAGAGAAAGGAAAAAGUGCAGGCACACUUCGCUGGUUUGCAUCCCGGGGAGAGCAUGCCCUCCGGUCGGCAUUCCCGCCUUCCGAAACCAAAGACACACUGAGGCUGUUCCCACAUCUCGCUGCACUGUGCCAUGCCACAUCCCACUUCUCGUGUUGUGACUGCCUUGGAGCCUGCUGUACCUGCAGCCUGCAAAGCCUGAGUCACUGUUCCAGA